CGCAACAUCAAAUGUAUUGUCACUCCAAGACACUGUCACAUUCAGACCUGCACGGGCAAAGAUCUGUUAGAAGAACCGGAAAUAGUGACAUGAACAAAUACUGGUUCUGAUUUUUUUUAUUUCUUUCUCUUUUUUUUUUCUAACUGGGAAAAAACAUCAUUUUUGCUAAAGAUCCUUUUUUGUGGACCAUCACCAUGGCAAACCACCACAGAGCCCGCGUUACACUCACGUUUGGUGGAUUGUUUACCAUUGUAGCUGCAAUCACAUUCAACUCUCUCUCGGGAUAUGGCACCAAAUCAGGUGUCUUCCAGCAGACCACAGAGGAUGUGACAGUCAAGUACACGACUGCCAUAACCCCGGCUCAGUGGGUUUUUUUUGUGUGGGAUGUCCUGCAUGUCUGGAUUUUCGCCAUGUUUAUGUACUUUUUAGCUGGACUCUGCAGAAGGAGUGCAUAUGAGUGGAUGUACACCACGCCUGCAGUGCUACCCUAUGGAUUUCACGUCUCCAUUAUCCUCAACAUUUGCUUGAACAUUGCGUGGUUGUUUCUGUAUGACAGAGAGUUGUUUCUGCCCGUGCUGAUAAUCUCAGCACUGAUGACACUUUCCGGUUACGUGAUACUAUUCUUCUCCUGUCAAGGACUGAAGAUCUACGGAGCUUGGUUGAAUAAAAAUCACAAGGCAGAUCUCUGGUUCUUCAGAAUAUUGGUGCAAAAUGGAAUUGCAGCAUACGCGACAUGGGGCAACCUCUCCACCUUUCUCAACCUGACGAUAUACUUACAGCAUGAGACCGAAACCUCUAGAUGUGACUGUGCGAUGCUGUCACUGCUGCUGCUACUGAUGGAGCUGUUAGCCUGGUUUCUGUUGGAGAACUUCUACCUGGACAAACAUGUCAGGUACAUCGUGACCAUCUACCCCGUGGUAAUCCUGUGGCUGGCGGGCAUACUGUGCAACUCUCAAUCUUCUGAAAGUAGUUACAUGUACAUCUUUACAGCUUCGAUCCUGGCUAUUUCCAGCGUCGCGUUUUUGGUGCGCAUUGCGCUGGUCACAUGGAAGCAUGUGACCAGGCCGAUCUACGAUGCCUGUGGGCCCAGCAUGUCACCAAUAGAAUUAGCUGUGAUGCAAAGAAAAAUCUUUCUAUGAGCUUGGAGCUUGGUAAUUGUUCACUCAUGUAAGUGAGUUAUGUGCAGAGCGACAAGCUGUGGUUUUAGUCUUAAGCAACCUUUUGCAGAAUAGUGUCUGUUUUGUGUGUUUCUUUUGCUGGCAGAGCCCAGUUAGGCUAACUAACUAAUUAAACCCCAGUGGGUGGCCUAUUUGGUUAUUAUUUACUCUUGUUUAUUAUAAAUAAAUUCCUUAAACUUUG